CACGACUAUCUAGCCGAAGAGAGAAGUCAAUCGGAACAUUUCUAUGAGUAUAGGUAUUCAAGUAUGCACCAUGGCCAGUAGUAGUCAGCUGUCGGUGGCAGCGCAGGUCCUCGCUUUUCGCGUCCUUCUAAAUUCAAAGGCAAGGCCGCCUAUCACCUACGCAGAAUUGACACAGCAUUCUCGAUUCCUAUUCUCCAGGACAUUGUACGAAGACGAAGAGUUUCAAUUGGGCCGAUAUGACUUCUGCGAUGCUCAAUCAGCCGAGGACUUCACAAUAUCCAACGAGCAUGUUCAAAUCAAAAGUAUCUCUCUAGGCAUUUCCUACCGCGAUCAGGAAAUUGAAUCGCUCGUGUACGUCCAUGAUGUCUCAACGAACGGUACCUGGCUACAGCGUUCCUGUUCUCCAAGUCCGUCCUAUCCUCUCAGCAAACGUACUGGUCCUGUUCUUCUCAAUGACUGCGAUCUGUUAUUUCUCGGCGCUUCGAUUGUCCUUGUUGUUCAAAUUGAUGGCCCAGGUUCACAGGUUCCAGCACUUGGUUGUGUUCGGACUGGGGAGGAAAUGGCAUUCAGUGACAGAUAUGCCAUCACAGACCGCCAAUUGGGUGAUGGUGCUCACGGCAGAGUCUUCGUCGGUGUCUAUGUCCCGUCGAAGCGCCACGUCGCCUGCAAGAUCGUCGACCUCAAGCAAUAUCGGCACAGGUCUAACAACGCUGAAGAGGCAGAGACUAUAUUGCAGAGGAUAUUCCGCGAGUAUGAAUGCGUGCAUGGCCUGAAUCAUCCAAACAUCAUCCAGAUCGAGCAAGUGUUCAAAAGCGAAAACACAAUGUUUAUUUUUCAAGAGCUUCUUACCGGUGGAGAUCUUGACUCCCUCAUGGAGUUCAAACGACGACCGUUGCAUGAUUUUGAAGCCAUCAUGAUCGUAAGACAGAUCCUUGAAGGGGUCAAGUACCUCCACGACCACAGGGUCAUUCAUCGAGACCUGAAACUGGAGAAUAUUCUCUUAACAAACCGUUCUCCGAUCGGCAGAGUCGUGAUUACGGACUUUGGCCAUGCCAAGAAGCUCUCGACGAAUUUAGGUGACGCAGGUAGUGACCAGCAGCGAUGCUGUUCGCCGAAAGGAACAGAAGAAUAUGCCGCUCCGGAGCUUAUCCAGGCGUAUUUUCACAAUACCAAAGGCGGGCCUGGGCCGGUUUCAUACACCAAGGCGAUCGAUAUAUGGGCAAUCGGAUGUAUAGCGCUAUCCUUGUUGCUCGAUUCCUUGCCUUUCACAAAUGUUCGCGACAAGGAGGUACCUCUACGCGGAUCCGAUCUCAGCCACGCGCUGUCUCUUCGAAGCGCAACUUCCAUCCGGAAGAUCAUGUCCUCCGCAGGAUUGUCUCGAAAAGCGAAAAGCUUCUUAGCCGCACUCCUCCACGAGGACGAAACCAAGCGCGUCGACGCCGAAGAAGCAUUGCAGCAUGAUUGGCUUGCCGACGAAAGGUACCUCCCGAUGAUCAACACGCUUUACGAAAAGGUGAUCGAACCGUGUCGGAGCCGACUGCCAUCAAACGCCGCUGUCGAGAUGAUAGGGCAAUUCAACCAGCCGUCCUCUGGACAUCCUCAGGCUCAAGUUGUGAACCAUGACGCCGAAGGCAGCCAUCCCAGUUCCCUACCAAUGUCUUUACCUGUAAAAUCUUCUCAAGCAUUGCCUCUCCGCCGCCAUGUACAAGAUUCUAUCCUCCACAGGGCAGUCGCUCCAAUACCUUCGUCUGCGCCGGGAUUGCCGAGUGAAGCAGGUAAAGCGCACAGUUUCCUUUUCGAGAAUCGGCGCUCGGGUCCGGCGAUACACAUAUGGGAGGACCCUGAAGAUGAAGGUAACGAUAGCAGGCAGGUUAAUGCAGAUCAAGAAGACGGCUCCAUUCAUGCCAGCCCUAUCAUGGUGCCUGAGUCUUCCUAUCCGCAAGCUGCCUGAGAGGAUGAAGGAGGUGCUGCAGAAGGGUACCCUAGUGAUGUACGAGUAGUGUUUUCUAUGGAAGGUCAACGGCGAUGACUUUUCCCAUGUCGCCAACUCUAAGCGAUGACAAAUAGCUGUCAAAUGUGAACCACUCGUGUUGGG